AAAGGGUCCAUCACAAAUCAACAGGGAAAUCAACACCAUCCACAGAGCUCCCACAUCUCUCAACCCCACCCCCCAACCAAAAAACACAAUGGAAAAAGAAGAAGAAUUAGAACAGAACCGCCUCAAUUACUGGGGAAACACACCAGAAGAAGAGUACUACUCCACCCAGGGAAUCAAAUCCACCAAAUCCUUCUUCACCUCGCCCAGAGGCCUGACCCUCUUCACGAGAUCAUGGCAACCCCUCACCGCCCCCCCACGCGCCGCCGUCUGCAUGGUCCACGGCUACGGCACCGACAUCAGCUGGAACUUCCAAUCCACCCCGAUUUUUCUGGCCCAGAACGGGUUCUCCUGCUUCGCCCUCGAUAUGCAGGGCCACGGCCUCUCGCAGGGCCUCAGGGCCUUCGUGCCGAGCGUCGAUGACGUCGUCGAAGACUGCGUCUCGUUCUUCGAUUCGGUCGUGAAGAGUGAUGCGGAGCUCGGGAGGGUGCCCAGGUUCCUGUUCGGCGAGUCGAUGGGCGGGGCGAUUUGUACUUUGAUUCACUUGAGGAAUUUGGAGGGGUUUGAUGGGGCGAUUUUGAUCGCGCCCAUGUGUAAGAUCUCGGAUAAGGUCAGACCCGGGUGGCCGCUUCCGGAGAUUUUGAGUUUUUUUGCGAGAUUUGCGCCGACUUUGCCGAUUGUGCCGACGGCGGAUCUUUUGGAGAAGUCUGUCAAGUCGCCGGAGAAGAAGGCGAUUGCGAGGAUGAAUCCGAUGAGAUACAACGGGAAACCCAGGUUGGGAACCGUGCGUGAGCUUCUGCGUGUUACCAAUUACGUGAGCAGUCGGUUAUGCGACGUGAGAAUUCCGUUCAUCGUGUUACACGGCAGUGCUGAUUUUGUGACCGAUCCGGAGGUGAGCAGAGAGUUGUUUGAUAAAGCGCAGAGCGAGGACAAGACCAUAAAGAUUUACGACGGGAUGAUGCAUUCGCUGUUGUUUGGAGAGACCGAUGGGAACGUUGAAAUCGUCCGGAGUGAUAUACUUUCAUGGCUGAAUGAUAGAUGCUGAUUUCGUUGUGAUUUUUUCGGUUUUUUCUUUCGUCAUUGCACUCUUUAGAAGAACAAUCAGGUUUUGAGUUUUGAGAAAAAUAUUUAAUGUAAUGAAUGAAAAGAGAUAGAUAAAGAAAUUUAUUAGGAACCAUGCAAAUGGUAGUAAAAAGAUUUUUUCAAAGCUUGUUAAAGGACAAAGCGAUAUAAUUGUACUGAUCACUCUUCCUGAAAUUAGGGUGAAAUUCUCACGGGUUCAUUUGAAGAUGUUCCGUGUUAGUCACAAA